AUGUCGAUAAUUUCUGGGGCCUUGCUUUGUAUGUUAUUUGCUUUCACGUGUGGCGAUCCUUACAUUGCACUUAAAUUGCGCCCAAACCAGAUGAGCUGCUUCCAAAAUGAUGUUGCAUCCAACGUAUUAACUCGAGUUUCCUACAAAAUGGAACUUCUCUCAGCAAAAAGCAAGAAUAAGGAAGCAGAAAAUGGGCCUCAACUUCAAGUUGAGGUUUACGACCCCAUGCUUUCCUUGAUUUUGUCACGAGAAUAUACUGACUCUGGUAAAGUUUACUACACAAGUGAUCAACCUGGCAUUCAUAGGAUCUGCAUUUCUAUUACUACGAGGUUUAAAAAUAAAAAAGCACAGGUGUCGAAGAAAACUCUUCUCGAUAUCCAAAACAUAGGGGCAGCUAACUAUACUGCUCUUGGACUAGUUGAAAAGUAUACCAACGUUCAGCUGGAAGUAAGAAGAGCGUUGGACAGUUUGGAUCUUAUUACUAGAUGGCACGAUUACAUGGUUAAACGCGAACAACGUUUCAGACAGACUACCAACGCCAUCAAUUGGAAGAUUUUCGUAGUCGGAAUCCUGCAAAUACUUUUGUUGCUUGCUUUGGGCUAUUGGCAAGUUUGGUCCCUCAAGAGUUACUUCAUAGCGAAAAAACUUGUUUAA